GAAUAUUUUAAAUGGACAAACAUAACCUUCGUAAUAUUGUUUGGUUUGUGUGACAGAAAUUAUAGCUACUUGUUAGAAAUUAAAACACUGAAAACAUCAAUCGGCUUCUGAUCACAUUCGUCAUAAUUACGUGCACAGAUGUUUAGCAAACUCGGGAAUGCGUAGAAAAUAAAGUAUACAAGUAUAUUAAUACAAUACUCUUCAUAUCAAAAUGACUGAACCAGAAGCCACAACUGAUGCUUCAAAGAAAAUUGGAGCAAUUAGUAAAGAAGCUGUUCAUCAAAUAUGUUCUGGACAGGUUGUACUGGACCUUGCAACUGCUGUAAAAGAAUUGGUUGAAAAUAGUUUAGACAGCGGUGCGACGACUGUUGAAGUUAAACUUUCCGAUUAUGGAAAAUCUUGCAUUACUGUCAGUGAUAAUGGAUGUGGGGUUCUGGAACGUGAUUUUGAAGGAUUGGGUCUCAAGCACCACACGUCAAAAUUAAGAGACUUUGCCGAUCUAAUAAGCGUCGAAACUUUUGGAUUUCGAGGCGAAGCUCUAAGUUCAUUAUGUGCUCUCGGCGAUGUCAGUAUAAUUACAAAACAUGCAACCUCAGAACACGCUUUUACACUUACUUUUGACAAAAACGGAAAAUUAACGAAAAAGGAAGAAUGUGCCAGAGCAGGAGGUACGACCGUCCACGUUAAAAAUAUUUUUAAAACCCUUCCAGUGAGGGCAAAAGAAUUUCAAAGAAACAUAAAAAAAGAAUUUGCACGAACGAUUCAGAUUUUGUACAGUUACUGCUUGGUAUCCGUCGGCGUGAAAAUAAAAUGCACAAAUUCCGUUGGAAACAAGUCUCCUAAUAUUCUAGUGUCCACAAGUGGCACAAAAAAUGUCCUCGAAAACGUGAGUUCAGUAUUCGGAAAAAAAUCCUUAGACGGAAUUGUAGAGAUCGAGAUGGAACUCCCGAAUUCUGAAAUUCUAGAAGAAUAUAAAUUACUGGAAAAUAUUCCAGUCGACUUUUCCUGGGAAUGUUAUGUGAGUAGUUGCGGUCACACUCUCGGUCGUUCUUCUCCAGACAGACAAUUUUUUUAUGUAAAUGGACGACCCUGUGAUCUUUUGAAAAUCAGUAAACUUAUCAACCAUUCUUACCACAAAUAUAACAACAGACAAUAUCCUUUUGUGUUUCUGAAUUUAAAACUGAACCAAGAAUGCGCUGAUGUUAAUGUUACUCCAGACAAAAGGAAAAUUUUCUUCACUCAGGAACAAUUAAUUCUAGCAACGGUUAAAUCGAACAUACAGAGAAAGUGGGAAAAUUCACAAGGAAAAUUCCCGGUGACAACUCUGAUGGAACUUAAUUUUACGAGAGAGGAGAGAAACAAAAGGGGAAUCUCUCCUGUUGAUGAAUCUUAUCCUCCGUCGAAACGACAGCAGUUUUUGGAUUUGAAAUCAAAAGGAGAAAAUAAAACUGCGGAAAAAGAAAAAGAGAAGAGAGAUUUUUUGAAAAGAGAAUUUGUAAAUAAUUUUUUGGUGAAGAAAGAAAAGGAAUUAGGAAAGAUGGAAGAAGUAAAAGAAACGGAAGAAAUGAAAACAGAAGAAAUAAAAGAAGUAAAGGAAAAGAAAGUAGAACUUCAAGAAUUAGAUACGUUUAGAGAGGUAUUGCCAGAUAUGGAGAUGGAAACUAGUUUAGAAAGAAUAAAAUUGAAGUUGGAAAGUCUGAAGGAACAAUCGGAUGAAAAUAGACCGAAAAGAAUGAAGUAUAAAGUGCAACUGUCCCAAAAAAACACAGAGGCUGAAAAGGAACUACAAAGAGAAUUGUCGAAAGAUUCUUUUAAAAAGAUGCAGAUUAUAGGGCAAUUUAAUUUAGGAUUUAUAGUCGCGAGACUCGAUACUGACUUGUUUAUCGUCGAUCAACACGCGAGUGACGAGAAAUUUCGAUUUGAAAAAUUAAGCAACGAAACUAAAUUGAAAACCCAAAAACUAAUUGUUCCAAAGCCUCUUAGUCUCGCAACUUUGAACGAAACUAUAUUGAUUGAACAUAAGGAAAUUUUUGAAGACAAUGGAUUCAGCUUUACAAUUAAUCCCGAAGGAGAACAAGGUCAUCGAGUGAAACUAAUCGGAAUGCCCGUGAGUGGAGGAUGGCAGUUUGGCCAAGAGGACAUAGAAGAGCUAAUUUUCUUAAUCAGAGAAGGAGGAGCCGACGGAAGUGGCGUGGUUUCUCAAAUACCCCGACCCAGCAGAGUAAAACAAAUGCUCGCUUCAAGGGCCUGUCGAAGCGCAAUUAUGAUUGGCAAAACUCUCAACGUAACAGACAUGCGUCGCAUUUUGACUCAAAUGUCCACGAUGCAAAAUCCCUGGAACUGUCCACAUGGAAGACCUACCAUAAGGCAUUUAUUUUCUCUCUGCUUCCUGCAGCGAUGAAUCGAUCAUUUCCUAAUUUAGGACUUUCAGAAACUACUAAAUACAGGGGAGUGUCUACCCUACCUAGAAAAUCUCGAAAAACCCUGGAAUUGUCAGGGAAUUUUUGUUUCGGCCUGGGAAUUUUUUCGAUAGUGUGCUUAAUUUUUGUUUUAAUUGCAUGCAAUAUAAAAUUAAAUAAUGAUUCGUUUUUCUUGGGUUUGUAAUUAAUUGUUUAACUGAAAAUUUAACUAUUCUAUUUU